UCCAGGCAUGCAGGAGGCAGCAUGUGCGAGUAAUGUGCUGUAACGCGCGUAUAGAGUGAAAACGCUGCUGCGCUGGAGUCGCCGGAGACGUCUCACCGUUGCGAGGAUUCCCCCCUUUGCUUCUGGGGAGGACACGUGCUGACUUUGUUUUAACCACCACGGGGAAUUAACUGGCACACACACACAGACACACACGGGAAGCAGCGGGAGCUUAAGUGAAGGGCAAACUGACAACACCCUUUGAGGAUGUGUGGGGGAUCAUGUGGUCGGUGAAAGUUGACACCACACUGACGUGGGGAAGCUGCUGAUGCGGCUGCGUGAACACAGCUGAAUCAUGGGAAACGUGGAAAGUCAAAAUGGGGACAGCGGUUUCUGCGGCGAUGCCACCGGACACCUCUCCCGUAAGCACACGUCCCGCUCCCUUCGCCUCUCUGGCAAGCAGUCGAUCCCCCGCCGGUCCAGGCACUCUUCUUCGGUGAAACAGGAACACAGGAACUCUGAAGCCUCGACUCGCUCCUCCAGCACCCCGAGCAUCCCACAAUCCUUAGCGGAGAGUGGACUGGAACUCUUCAAUGGUGGGGACGAGUUCAGCGAGUUUGGCAUCAACCCGCACUGGACACAACGCGUCGCCAUGACAAUGAGGCCGGAGUCCUACCAGCAGGACGACGACGCCUUGGCCACGCCGACUCCCGAGACCUCAGAGGCGGACACCGUCGCUCAGGACGGAGGAGAGGACUCAAUGGGGGAGGGAGAGGGGGACAUUAUCGGGGCCGAAAGCUACCUCCAACGAAUGACUGAGGGCCCCAGAGAGGGGGGCAGUUUCAAAAAGAAGCGGUCGAAAUCGGCGGACAUGUGGAGGGAAGACAGUCUGGAGUUUUCUCUGUCUGACCUGAGCCAAGAGCAUCUCACCAGCACUGAGGAGAUAAUUGGUGGGGGAGAAGAAGAAGAGGAGGAGCGGUUUGCGUGCCCCAGAGGCAGCGCAGGCUCACCAGAAAGGGCAUCGUCUCUGGACCAUCUGUGCAGCCAGCAGAGUCCCGGCCUCAGGGGGCAGAGGAGACGCAGCGCUAAAAACCGCAGAGAAGCAGAGUGCGAUGGAGAAGGGGAGGAGGGGUUGAUGUCUCCGGCCGAGGAGGAUGGCGGCGGCUAUGGAGCGUUCACGCUCCCCUGCCGACGCUCGCACUGCCUCUCUGAAGGCUUGGCAGGGCUCGGUAUUCCAGCUGCACCGUGCCCUGCCUUCCAGGGACGACGGGCACAGACUACUCAGGACAUCUCUGGUGUUUUGGGCGAGGGAAGUGAGUAUGGAGACAGUGGAAUCGAUGGCGUUGCCGCUGAGAUAGAUGGGGAUGGAGAACCGGUGUCCCGGCGGGGUAAGACCAUGUCGGCCUCUUUCUCGGUGUACUCAGCCGCCGAGAGCAGCUUCUUCAACGGCAGCGACAGCGGGAGCAGCAGCGCGGGAGGAGGAGAAGGAAGAGGGGGCGAAGGAGGCAGGGGAGGAGUGUACGAAAAUUUCCGGAAGGAGCUCGACAAUCACGCCUGGACAAAUCGGCGCCGUGACUGCACAGAGGAGGCCGGCUCCGCUGUAAGUGACGAGCAGAGCAGCGGCACACUGAGCAGCGUGUACCCAUCCGACACUGUGAUUGGCUGUGCUCAGGGCACGGUCAGGAAAGCAGGGGCUCUGGCUGUGAAGAACUUCCUGGUUCAUAAAAAGAACAAGAAGGUGGAACCUGCAACGAAGCGCAAGUGGAAACACUACUGGGUUUCUCUCAAAGGUUGCACCCUCUUCCUAUAUGAAUCUGAUGGUCGCACGGUCAUUGACCAUAACAGUGUCCCUAAACAUGCACUGUGGGUGGAGAACAGCAUUGUGCAAGCCGUGCCCGAACAUCCCAAGAAAGACUUUGUCUUCUGCCUCAGCAACUCAGUGGGUGAUGCUUUCCUCUUCCAGACGUCAGGCCAGACAGAACUGGAGAACUGGAUCACGGCGAUCCACUCGGCGUGUGCUGCUGCUCUGGCUCGGCAGCACCACAGGGAGGACACCGUGAGACUGCUGCGCACCGAGAUCCGCAAGCUGGAGCAGAAGAUUGACAUGGACGAGAAAAUGAAGAAGAUGGGCGACAUGCAGCUGUCCACUGUUACCGACGCCAAGAAGAGAAAGACCAUACUUGAGCAGAUCUUCUUGUGGGAGCAGAACUUGGAGCGGUUCCACAUGGAUCUCUUCCGCUGUCGCUGCUACCUGGCUAGUCUGCAGGGCGGUGAACCUCCCAACCCCAAACGCCUGCUGGGCUUCGCUUCCCGUCCUACCAAACUGGCCAUGGGACGAUUGGGAAUCUUCUCUGUGUCUUCCUUCCAUGCGCUGGUGUCCGCUCGUACAGAAAGCAGCAUCAGGAGGCGGAACCAGAACAUGCAUCGUACCUUCAGCAAGCGCCGAAGCCGCUUCUCCUCCCUGUGGGGGCUGGACACGGCCUCGAAGAGGAAAACCAAAGGACAUCCCUCAAUUGACCAGGUGUUUGUUGACGGGAUGGAGCCUGCCAGGAAGCCCUUAGAGCGCAUGUUUGAAGACUCGGCCAGUGAGAAAUCUAAGGAGAGAGAGGGCUCGGUGAACGGCGUUCCUCAGCAAAACGUGGACAGCGACAUCUGGGUUCCCGAUUACCUGAAGCCGUCCUGGGUGUGCCUGCCCAACAACCAGCCUGUCCUGGCCGUCAUACAGCCUGGCGAGACGGCGCUGGAAGUCCUGAGCACUGUCUGCAAGACGCACAAGCUCGACCCCUCCAGCCACUACCUGCGUCUGAAGGUGUGGGUCGACAACCAGAAGCUUUUUUACAUCCCCAAAUUCGAAGAGGACGUCACCGAUCUGCUCUACAAAGAGAUCGAGAUUUGCCCCAAAGUGACCAAGGUGAUCCGGUUUGACAAAGCCGAGUCCAGCACCAUCGGGCACGGUUUCUCCGUGGCCGUUAUAGAUGAGGACGGGGUGCAGCGGCUCCAUGUCACAGAAGUGAAAGCGGGAGGACUGGCCUCAGCUAAAGGUUUGAAAGAGGGCGAUGAGAUUCUGCUGCUCAACGAUAAAGCUGCCUCUGCCCUCCAAGAGGACGAUAUGAGGGCUGCAUUUGCAAACCAAAUCUUCACCUUGAGCGUGAGCACCCUGCCCCAGAUGGACUCACGGGUGCUCUGUUCCCUUCCACCCCGGCGCUCCGAGGGCGAACUGGACUCAGCCACGGACAUCUUCUCCCAGAGCCAAGAAGACAUCCUGGACGAGGUGUCCGGUUUGACGGUGGACAGCCAGGAUGAGACUUUAGAGGAAGGACCCCGGCUGACCCCUCAGGAAGAUGAAACCUCCACGGGGACGGGGCAGAAGAACACGGAGCAGGUCACUGCUUUCUGCCGCAGUCUCCAUGACAUGAAUCCCCUGGAGUGCCCCGUGUCAUCCUCCUCGUCGUCGUCUUCGUCAUCUCUCUCCCCGAGCCCCGUGUCGGCGCUGCCGCCGGCCGCGGGCGCCGCCACCCAGAGGCAGCUCUCCCACGCAGACAAACUGCGCAAGGUCAUCAGCGAACUUGUGGAGACGGAGAAGACCUACGUCAAGGACCUGAGGUUCCUGAUCGAGCGAUACUUGGCACCUUUGCAGAAAGAGAGCUUCCUGACACGAGAUGAGCUGGACGUUUUGUUUGGUAACCUUGGAGAGAUGGUGGAGUUCCAGGUGGAGUUUCUCCGCACGCUGGAGGACGGGAUCAGACUGGUGCCAGAUUUGGAGAGGCUGGAACGGGUGGAGCAAUUUAAGAAGGUGUUGUUCUCCUUGGGCGGGUCAUUCCUGUAUUACGCCGAUCGCUUCAAGAUCUACAGCGCCUUUUGUGCCAGCCACACCAAGGUCCCGAAAGUCCUGGCUAAAGCCAAGACAGACCCAGAGUUCAAAGCUUUCCUGGCCGAGAGAAACCCCAGACAGCAACACUCGUCCACCCUGGAGUCUUACCUGAUCAAACCCAUCCAGAGAGUCCUUAAAUACCCGCUGCUGUUGAAGGAGCUGUACUCGCUCACUGACCCCGACAGUGAGGAACACUACCACCUGGACGUUGCAAUGAAGGCCAUGAACAAAGUUGCGAGUCACAUCAACGAGAUGCAAAAGCUUCACGAGGAGUACGGAGCCGUUUUUGACCAGCUGAUCAAUGAGCAGACUGCAGAUAAAAAAGAGGUGGCUGACCUGUCAAUGGGGGAUCUUUUGCUGCAUUCGACCGUGACGUGGAUGAACCCUCCAGGUUCUUUGGUCAAGAGCAGAAAGGACCCUGAUUUAGCUGCUUUUGUGUUCAAAACGGCAGUUGUAUUUGUGUACAAAGACAGCUCCAAGCACAGGAAAAAGAUCGGUGGAUCCCAUCGUGUGUCCGUGACCGAUGACAAAGAUCCCUUCCGCUUUCGUCAUAUGAUCGCAACCGACUCUCUGCAAGUCCGUGCCCUCGCAAACUCUGAGGUCACAGCAGUGUGCGAGAUAGUCCAUACAAAGUCUGAGUCUGAAGGAAGACCGGAGAGAACUUUCCAGUUGUGCUGCAGGUCUCCGGAGAGUAAGAAGGACUUCCUGAAAGCGGUCCACUCCAUCCUUAGGGAGAAGCAACGGAGGCAGCUCCUUAAGACGGAGUCUCUGCCGCCCAACCAGCAGUACGUUCCAUUUGGUGGCAAGCGACUGUGUGCCCUCAAAGGAGCACGGCCUACCAUGAACAGAGCAGCGUCAGCUCCGUCUCGGACGCUGGCCCGCAGAAAGCAGGUGAGGAACCGCAUCACAAUCGGCACCGACAUAGUUUUCCAUGGCAACAACAACAACAACAGCAGCAGCAGCAGCAGCAGCGAUGCCGCCGCCGCCGCCGCCUCCUCCGCCUCCUCCGCCUCCUCCCGCCACGUCCCCUGCCCUACCUCCAGUUCACCGCUGUCCCAGCACGCCCCGCUCCAGCCGCCCAAACCUCAGGGGGAGGACACAGACCGCUGGGUGGAGGAGCAGUUCAACCUGGGCUGCUACGAGGACCAGUGCGAGGGCAUCGGCGUGGGGCAGGUGAAGGAGACAGACAUUUUGAGCGACGACGACGAGUACUGCAAGUCUGUCAGGGCCGCCUCGGCGGAGCCGGACCCCCUGGAGGGGGAGAUGGACGGGCUGGGCCUGCAGGACAAAGAGGGGAAGCUGAGCGAACAGGGGGAGGAAGCCGACGAAGACGGGCGACGUUCGGGCUCGGUCGACUCUUUUGCUCCCCGCAGCGUCUCUCUCUCCGGGUGCGCGAGCCCGGCCCUGACUCUCGCCCCCUUGAAGCAGUGCGCCGCGGAGGGGGCCACGAACCAGGGCGGCGACGUCAUCUGGGUGCGGCGGGACGACUUUGUGAAGGGGUGCAACCGAGACGUGUUCUGAUAACAGAAGGCGAGGACAAUGGGAGUGCCAUAAAACGCGCGAGGAAACGGAUGCUAGCUUUAAAUGUGUAGGUAGAAUUUGGAGAACGUGUAUAGUUGGAGUUGUUAAACCUCAGCCAGUCCUCCCUGUACCGCCGCACAAUCCCACUCUUCCACUGCGCCUGCGACCCCUCCCCCCGUUCCGACAAUCCUAGAGUACUGAAACGCAACGAGUGAAAGCAAUGUAAAACGAGCUCGGCUUCAUUUUAGGCUCUCUUGCGCCGUGGAGACUCUCACCCAGAGUUGCCUAAAACUGAAAGUAUCACUGUGUUGAACAUGCACGCAGGCUUUACACGCACGCGCACACACUCCAGUGGACUAUUACGUGAACACAUGAGCAUAACUCAGUACUGCACGUGCGCACAAGUAAAGAAAUAAGUGUGCGUAUAUAAUAUAAGUGCAUAUAAGCACGUAGAGGCACAGCCACAGAGCCAAGGCAGCUACCACGCACACGCUGUACCGAAGAGACGUCGUCACUGAGCCGUGAUGCUCUGGCCAAUAUUGUCUAUUUUUCAACACAGGAAUGUGGGUGUUAUAUUUUUGUGACUCAAUCUAUUUGUAUUUAACACUCAAGGGCUGUGCGUUACUGAACUUCUCUUCAGGGGCUUUUGGCUUUACGACUGCUGUGUAUAAAGACGGAGCGCUUCGACUAGCUUUACUGUGCUUUUAUUGUUGUUUUAACUUAAUGUCGGCCGCACGACAGAGUGCCGUUAACCUCUUGUAUAAAGAUAUUUUGAAGCUCACUUUGACUCCUUUGAUAAGCUUUUAAAAGUUUGAAUAGAUAGUAUUCUUUAUUUAAUCAUUGUCUUUUUAAAAAAAUAAAUAAAUAAAAAAUACUGUAAAUUUUAAUGUUUACACCACAUUCAAUUGACCAGUAUUGCAUACUGCCGUUUGUGUGUUUGGUGUGAGAAAACAGGCUCAAGAGAGCUGUCAUUUACACCUUACAUAUAAACGCGCAGUCUUAAACUUUUUCUUGUUGUUGUUUUUGGGGUUAAAUGCCAUUUUAUUUGCUAAAUGAUGGUUUUCAUCAAGCUUAUUAACAUACUGGACUCUCUCCUGCCCCAGAGGCCAAGUUCAGGCCACGUUCGGGAUAAAUAAUUCCUUCAGUCCUGUUUACUUGAAUUUCUUUUUUUUGUUUUGUUUUGUUUUGUUUUGUUUUGAAAGGAGCCAUGACAGUGACUGUACUGUAACUUCAAGAGAGAAGACCAGUCAGGCAGUUGACAUGUAAUUCUCUCAUCACUGUAUUUCUGCAUUUCUUCCUCUGUCCACCAGGCUGUGCUGUUUCAUUAUGUCACCACAGCAACGCGCUUAGCAGCUGUGCUCAACAAAGUCUUGCUUCACCUUAAUGGAUGUAUUGAACAUGCACUUAACACCCAACUGUGAGGGGCAGAACUCUGCCAGCUCUGAUUCAGAAUGAGAGGAGAGUGGAUGGAAAUAACAACACCUUCGGAUGUUGCUCUGUUGUCUUUUUAUUGCCACGCUGGUUACAUAGAUUUUUAGCUUACUGGGUCAUGAUGCCCGGUAAGGACUUCAGACUGUGAGGUACAAUCACUUGGCCUUGGAGGCAAAUCCUGUGAGAUCCCCUUUGACUUCCCCCUUUGUACUUUUAAAAAACUGUGUUCGUAUAUAAAACUGUGGAGCAUUAUGAUUUUUAUGUUAAAAUAAAUUUUCUAAAUUGA